AUGGUCGUGUCUGACACCAUCAUCGUCAGGGUGGGCGAUGAGAGAAAGGACUACACCUUACACAAGCGCCUUUUGAUCCACCACUCUGAAUACUUCCGCGGUGCUCUCUCAGGCAACUUCCGCGAGACGAACGACGGCGUCAUCACUCUGGAGGACAUAGCCACAGAGUACUUUGACGUAUUCGUAGAUUGGCUUUACGAGAAGGAGAUCCCCAAAAUCAAACCUUCGGCUCUUGGAAAGGGUCAGAACUCGACUCUGCUCCGCACAUAUGUCUUGGCCGACAGAUUCAUGGUUUUUGGACUCAAGAACGCAAUCCUCAAGUUUUUAUUCGACAUGAACGAGCACGGUAGAAUGGUCCCAACCUAUGCUACCAUCACGUACGCUUUUCAGAACUUGACAGAGCACGAUCCGCUUUUGCAGUUCAUCGUCGAUAUGUUUUGUGUCAACAAUGCCAUAGAUUCAUGCUCCCCCGAAUUCGAAAACACGGACCAAUUACGCCAGGUGCCCCAAGAGGCCUUUGCUCGUAUAUUUGUGAAGAUGCGCGCUAUCAAGGGCAUGGCUAAGGAGGAGAAGAAGCUGAAAAGGAGCGCAUACAAAGUCUGA